AUGGUUAUUAGUAAUGCAAUUGAGGAAAAAACUUCAAGAAUUAAACUGGGUAAAACUGUUUUAGUAGCUCCACUCAGGUUAGAAUUAUUAGAAAAUGACAAUUAUUACGAUAGAAACCAAAGUUUAAGUACAACAAAUUUAAGUUUUAAUGAAUUGUCACAUAGGGGAAUAAGUAGUGCAGAGAGUUUGGAAUAUCAGGAUAAGUAUGUUACACCACCUGUUCUUACUGAUGAUGAGUCAGAUAUAGAGAGAGCUAAAAUAGUAGAAGAAGCAGCACUUGUUGCAGAAAAGUUGAUGAGUUCUCAGCUUUCUAAAAUUACUUAUGAGUCAGAACUAAGAACGAUGGAAACAAGAUUUCCAACAAGAGUAAAUUCUCCGAGAUAUUAUAGUGGAAAAAAGGAGGUAAUGGAUAGGGCAAAUAGAAUGUUAAUGAAUAAAGGUAGUAAUUGUUCAAUUCCUGGAUUUCUUCAAGAUAAGUUUGGUUGGUUUAAUUGCGUAGAAAACUUCUUCUCAGCUUGUAAUGAUGAACAGAUUAUUGAGGAGAAUGAAUCUAAUGGUGUUAUAGAGGCAAGUCCGUACUUUUCACCAAAGAAGAGAUCAAGUAUGGAUAAGAAUAUGAUAAUUUUGGAAGGUUUGAAAGCUUUAAAUAAAAAAGAAGAGAAAAUAAUUCACUCAAAAGUGGAUGGAAGAAAAUUAGUAAAAAAGAUUUCAAACACUGACGAUCAAAUGAAAGAUGAGGGAAAUGGAGCAAAAACACAAUCAUCCAAAAGAUUAGUUAAUUCUGACAAGGAUUCAACAGUAAUAAAGGAAAAAACUAACAACAAUUCAGUUGAUACAAAAAAAACUCAGGUUAAAGAGUUGAAUAAAUCAUCAAAACCAAAGAAUGAAAUAUCCAAAUAUAAAGAGGUAAUCUCCGAAUCUAACUCAUAUGAUAUAGAGAAUGAUGUAUUUUAUUUGGAUGAUGGAGCUGGUUAUAUCACCUUUAAUGCAUCAAAGUUGGAUUUGAGUGAAAUGGAGAAAAGAUUUAAGCCACAAAAAGUGGGAAAUAAGUCGGAGAAAAACUCUAAUAAGAUGAAAUCGUCCAAUUCAAGUCCAAAGAACUCAGAUGCUGAGAAUCAAAAAGUAUCUACUUCUUCAAUAGUUAAUAUGAAUUCUGAGACAGUGAAAAAGAGUCCAACUAGGUGCAAGGCUCAUCUCUCAAAAAAUAAACAAACUAAUUCAAUGGUUUCAGAGACAGUUCAAAACCAAAUAUCUUCUAGCAGCUCAAAGAAGGAGUGCAAGAAGAAAGUUAAAGCUCAAAAAAUUGAAAAUUACUUAGAAUUUGGUGGCGCCAAAGGUGAAAACUCUUAUUUUAAUAGUGAACAGAACAUUUUGAACUAUUCCACUAAUUGUAUUAGAGGGAGAAUGGACUAUAUUUCGACGGAUGUUUUUGUUUGA